UACCGUUCAGUAUAGUCCAGUUCCGUCCAACAGCACCAUCAAAAUUCGACACAUUCAUAAAUGAGACCAGAUUACCGAAGACAGAAAUUAAACUCAUUGUAUUGUGGUUGGAUGCUACGUUUAGUUACUGUUCGUUUGUCAAGAAAGAAACAUUCAUUACUUUAGAUUCAAAAUACAAAAAAGUAAAAAAAAUCCAAAAAAACGUGUAAUUAUUUUCAAUGAAAGUGAAAUUUGUAUAUGUAACAAUUUGAAAAAAAUACGUUAAAAUCAAAAACAAGGUUAAAGAAAAACAAUAAAAAAAAUCAUUCAAAAAGAAAAAUGCAACUAAAUACUAGUCUAUGGCUUAAUCUGCUUUUAGUAAUAAUCAUUACUAUAACUAACACAUCGGCAUAUGGUUAUGCAAAAGGAGACAGUGUGACGGCUGAAACUCUGGUCAGACCAGCAUAUAAGAAACCGCCACCGAUUAGUAAAUAUAAGGAACUAAUAUCAAUAUAUGAAGCGAAAAAUAUAGAAUUCGCUUUUCCUUCGGAACGAAUACGUAAUGCGGCCUUAAAUAGCGGCGAAUAUGAUCCAGACAAUCCCCUGCCCAUUGAUGUCGAUGUAUUUUAUCCAGGUGAGGGCGAAGAACCGAAAGUAUUUGUAACUAUACCCCGAUUUGGCAGUGGUGUGCCAUAUUCGCUGGCUUUGCUUACAGAUGUGCAACGACCGAAUGGUUCAGAAUUUCAACCGUAUCCCGACUACUCGUGGCACAGUACACAUGGUCGUGAUUGUGAUGGUUUGACUUCCGUUUAUCGGAUACAAAUUGAUCAAUGUGGUCGCAUGUGGAUUUUGGACAGUGGUGAAAUCGAAUUCGUUCAACAUUGUGCACCCCAGAUAGUUGUUAUCGAUAUUCGAACCGAAACUUUGAUCCAUCGUUAUCGUUUACCCCAAAAAGUCUAUAGAACGGGUGUAAGUCGUUUUGUAACACCACUUGUCGACAUUAGCGAUCCCCCACCAUUUGGCACCUGUUCCAAAGCCUUCGUUUACAUGGCUGAUGCAACCGGGACAUCUUUAAUAGUUUAUGACAUGAUAAAUAAUGACUCUUGGCGUAUAGAAAACAAAUACACGUUCCCCGAUCCCGACUACGGUACACACACGGUGGCAGGAGAAAGUUUUGAACUAAUGGAUGGCGUAUUUAGCUUGUCGGCAACACCAAGAGGUUUGGGCCUAAGGAGAUUACUAUAUUUCCAUGCUCUGUCAAAUGAUGUUGAAGUGGCUGUGCCUUUGGAUGUAGCAAAUAACUCUUCAAACUGGAGAUUUGGCCUGGGUUCCUCGCUAGAUGAUUUUAUGGUGCUUGGUAGCAGGGGCAUACAAUGUGCUGCAUCUGCCAUGUCUGCUAAUGGUUUCUUAUUGUGUGGCUUCUUGAAUCCCAUUGCCGUGGUGGGUUGGAAUAUACGCACCCCAUAUACGGCCCGUAAUCGCGUUAUAUUGGCUGAAAAUCCUAACACUCUACAAUUUGUCAGUGGUCUAAAGGUGAUACGCACACCAAGGGGCAAUGAAGAGGUGUGGAUGCUGUCAAAUCGUUUGCAGAAGACUUUUAGUGGUACCACUAACUAUGAAGAAAUUAAUUAUCGCAUACAAAAAUGUGGCAUGGAUGAAUUAAUAUUGGGUAAACAGUGUCGAUAUUAAGGAAAUUAAAUAUUACACGGACCUCAAAGUGGCGGAGCCAGUUCAAACAAAAAACUAAAAGUUAACGUUUACAGUUUUAAAUAAUUCUAUGAAAAUGUAUCUUAUUUUUUAUGAAAUAAAUCAAAUUUUGUAAUUUUUCAUUACAACCAAAAA